AUGUCUUUUGUAUCCCAAUUUGCUGCUUUAGGGUCUGAGAGUAAGGUAGCCGAUGCUCUGCUAUGGUCCGUCUUCGCUCUUGGGGUCUUGAAAGCGACAACUUUUGUUUUGAGCUUUUCCAGCGUGUUGGUCGACUUGUUUGUUCUGCCGGGCGUCAAUCUCGGCAAAUACGGUGCUAAAAAAGGGCAAUUCUGCGUAGUCACAGGUGCUAGUGAUGGUAUCGGCAAAGAAUACGCUCGUCAGUUGGCUCAGCGUGGUUUCAACCUGGUACUUAUCUCCCGCACCCUUUCCAAACUUGAAGACCUAAAAGCCGACUUUGAAAGAGAAUACAAAGUGGACGUUCGUAUCUGUGCGGUCGAUAUCGCCGAAGACUCUUCCGAAAACUACUCCAAGAUUCAAGAGGUCUGCUCUGGGGUCCCCAUCACCAUGUUGAUCAAUAACGUGGGCCAGAGCCACAGCAUCCCAGUUCCUUUCUUGGAGACCGAAGAAAAGGAGCUACGCAACAUCAUCACUAUCAAUACCACUGCUACUUUGAAGAUCACCCAGAUUGUGGCUCCUUUGAUCGUGAAGUCUGCCAAGGAUGCGCGUUGUAAAGGUUUGAUCUUGACUAUGGGUUCUUUCGGUGGUCUCUUGCCCACACCGCUGUUAGCCACUUAUUCCGGGUCCAAAGCAUUUUUGCAAAGCUGGUCUGCAGCUCUAGCUGGUGAACUCAAGCCCCAGAACGUGGACGUUGAGAUCGUUCUGUCAUACUUAGUCACGAGUGCUAUGUCCAAGAUUCGCAAAUCCUCAAAGAUGAUCCCAAAUCCAGCUCAAUUUGUCGCAGCUACGUUGAGGUCUGUUGGAAGACGCUCUGGAGCUCAAGAACGCUACGCUACAAUGACCCCUUACUGGUCGCAUGCGAUUUACCACUUCGUGAUUGAGAACACCGUCGGAGUGUAUUCCAAGCUUGCGAACACCGUCAACUACACAAUGCACAAGAGCAUCAGAAACAGAGCUCUACGCAAGGCUGCUAGGCAAGCCAAGAAACAGUGA